UAUCAACAAGGAUUUUUUUAAAGAAGUAUGGCUUUCAUUAGUUAAUUAUUCAAGAGGCCGAGCUUGCGCUCGACUCAUCAUUGGCUAUCGUGAAUAAAUCAAUCGGUACUUGGUUAAUUACCUUAGAAUCACCAACUACCAGAGACCCAACUUCGUAUUUGCUCAGCAAUCUGCUAUAAUGGAAGGCACCAAAAUCUACACAGCUUACGUCAACAACGUUCACCUUAGAUUUGGUCAGCACCUCCGAUGUGCCGUCAACGUUUUACUUGACAUACGGCAACAAACAGCAGGUUUGAGACGAGAUCUGUCUAUACAAGUUAUGGAUGAUGAUGAAAUCAAGCACUGCAUCCGUCAAGACAUCAUUCUACCAGCACAGAUAUUCAAGCAGGCUAUUUCGCAGCAAACUAUAGAUAUGGAACAACCCCCUCAAGAACGUAUUUACAUGGAAGCUCUCGAAGCUCUUCAGCCUGUUUUUGAUACUUAUAAUGAAGGCUACAGCUUUGGCCAACAGGGACUUUAUUAUGAUAUCAAGCGUAACCUUGUCAACCACCUUAAGGCCUUCUAUCAACUUUCUCGUCUUUUUGAACAUCUUGGUUUGCCCGUCUUCAAUUGUUUUCCUCUCCGACGCUCAUGGUCUCCUUGUUACGUUACUAUCGACAGCAAGAUUCUUUGCCAAAACGUCCUGGGAAUUCGAUGGCCUAAUGCUGUCGAUAAACUGGACUACUAAUGCCGAGUUAUCAACCUUGAUUCAAAAGCCUUCAAG